AUUUAAUGGGCAAUGGGUGUUCUGGUUAAAGAGAAAUCACUGAAAGAUCUGAAACUAUGAGGCAAUCUUCAAUUACUUUAAUCAAAUUAAUAGAAUAAGAUAAGCAAACCAGUCUAGUUCCUUCUAGUUAACUAACUUAAAUGGAGAUUCCAAAUGCAUUACUUCCUUCCCCAUCUAGGUAGAGUAUUUCAUUUGAAGCUGUAAUGACCUCAAAGGUUAGAGUGCCUUCCGAAGAGAGUUAGUUUCAGAAUUAGUUUACGUAGAUCAAAGAAGUCAAAUUCACUAAUAAUUAACCACCUCGUCCGAAAAUAAAGAUUCCUAAAAGAGAGCAUAAAAAAUAGGAAAUAUUUGAAGUUGACCAUAAGUAUCACUCUUCAAGUCCAAAAAAAUAAAAGCGAUAAAAAUCAACUUCGCCAUUAGGAAAUUCAAAAUAAUAAUAACUUUAUGACUGUAAGAAAACUAAUAAAAGCAACAGAAAGAAAUCAACAUCAAGUUAGUAGAAGUAAUUUAAUGAAAUUGAGAUCAUUUCAAGAAGAAAAUAUUCUGAUCUUCCUACUAAAACUGAAAAGACUUAGGUAAGAAGGAAGAUUAGUAAUUCAAUAGACGAUCAUAAUUUCAUUAUUGGAGCUGAUUGUAUUUCUAAGAUAAAAUCUUUCACUCCAAGUCCAAUUUUGAAAAGAAAGGAGUCUGAUUGCGAGACUAAUUCUUUUUAGAAAAAAAUGGUACGAUUCAAGGAUAUCAAUUAUAGAAGACCGGGCUUUGUUAAUUGA